UUUAAAUGGAAACUUUAUUAGAAAGAAAGCCAAACAAAUUGUUCCAAAGGAACACAAAAAGUAUUUCUAAGAGGUGAGGGUCAACUCCUUCUCUCAGGAUUAAGAACAGUGUAUUGAGUAAGAGAAAUGGCAAAGGCCUGAAAUGGGAUGAAUGAAAAAGGAGACUUUAAGUUCAAGAAGAUACCUAGAAUCGAUCUGAUAAAUGCCAGAUCUGAUUACAAAAUAUUCACAAUGAAUACAAAAUCCAAACCAAAAAUCUCCCUACUCAAAAACAGCCAACAAAGCAUUGAAAAGGGUCAGAACAGCACUAAAUUCACCGACAACCUUGAAUCGCUUUCUAAAUCCCCUCUCACUCUAAAAUCCCAAUCAAUUUUCCACAAGCGUAAAACCUCAAGUAAUCCUCGCCGUCACCUCCAAAUCUACGAUGCCAGUCACCACAUUCAGCACCUAGAGCUUCCUCAGAAGGGGCUUAAUUUCCAAAAUCCCCUACUGUGCUACCAGAAACCACAUACUUCUAAGCAGCAGUACAAGCCUGAGUGCAAGACCUCGCCUUUCUCAGUAGAGCAUGCGGGUGAUUCACCACUGUUGGCCAAGCCAAGCUGUACCUUUAAGCAGAUAUUUAAGCCAAGGGUCGUACAGAGACCUGUCAAGCCGAUUAAAGUGAAGAUACCUCCAAUAAAUGAAGAAUGAGAUAUUAGUGUCAUUGAUGGUCAGGUUGAGGUCGUUGAGGUAGCAGAGAAGGAGGAUAGGAGGUAUGGCUGGAUGGACAUUGUUAAUAAUGAAGUGUUACAGUAAGCCUUGAUUUCUAUUUGACCCAUUGUAAACCCCUCCGCAUGCCUACCUCUUGAUUCCUUAUUCCUUAAUCGGCUUUUCUCUAAAUCCUGAAAUUGCUCCUAAAUUACCUGCUGAGUUAAAAUCUCUUCUGUGGAG